AUGGACACAAAAAUUGUCUUCAUUACUGGUGCCAACACUGGCAUUGGCUAUGAGACUGUAAAGGCACUGAUUCAGUCAAAGAAACAGACAUAUCACAUAUUUAUGGGUAGUCGUGAGCUUCCAAAGGCAUAUGCUGCAAGAGACAGGCUCGAGGGGCUCCUACGACCGUCCUCUAGUACCGUUGAAGUAAUACAGAUUGAUGUGACCAACGAUGCCUCCAUCAAGGCCGCAGUGAAGUAUGUCGAGGACAAGUUUGGAUGGAUCAAUGUCCUGAUAAACAAUGCAGGCGCUGCUUUCGAUGGCACUUUUGAUCAAGAUGGUCCCAACCUGAGGGCGAUUUUCAACAACACGUAUGAUGUCAACGUCACGGGUGCCCAGAUUACAACAUACCACUUCGCCCCUUUGCUCAUCAACUCCCCAAAUGCACGGCUGCUAUUUUUCAGUUCCAACAAUGCGAAUCUCAGCGCAGCAUUUAAGAAUUUCAUUCCUACCUGGGCGCCAAGACCCGAGGCUGGCUGGCCCAAAGAUGGGCUUGUUACAUAUCAGGGAUAUAAGUGUUCCAAAGCGGCGCUCAAUAUGUGCAUGUUGAUUUGGUAUCAGCUACUGAAGGAUAAUGGGGUCAAGACCUUUGCAAUCAGCCCUGGCUUACUGGCGACCAAUCUGGGUGGUCACACUCCGGAAAAGAUGAGGAAAAUGGGCGCUGAAGAUGCGGCGCUCGGAGGCAAUCUUGUCCGAAGCGUGGUAGAAGGCGAAAGAGAUUCGGAUGUCGGCAGAGUGAUUACACGGGAUGGUGUACAAGACUGGUGA